ACUUGCAGAUGCUAGAUGACCCCGAGCCGGCAUGCCCGCCGCCAGAUUGGGCUUGCCGAAUUGUGCAGGCAGGCACAGCCCGGGUUGGCCUGGAGGUUUAUCCUCCGAGUGAUGACACGUUCUUGUUGUUGGAGGCCCUUGCAAGUGAUGUUGCCUUGAUCCGAGCAAGGCAGCCACUCACUUGCCUAGAGAUUGGAAGCGGUUCUGGAGUUGUGAGUGCCGCUCUGCGGAAGAUCUUUGAUGGCGCCGCGUACGGAGGGUCUCCCAUGCCCUUGAUGUGGGCAGUUGACAAAAAUCCAGCGGCAAUCCGGUGCACAGCCGGGCUUCUACGUGAGCAACAGGUCCCGAGGGCAGACGUGCUUCGGGGCUCGCUGACGGGUUUCUUGCGCCCGAAUGUGCUGGACAUGAUCAUUUGCAAUCCGCCCUACGUGCCAACGGAUGAGGAGGAAAUGCAGGGUUGCGGCAUAUCUGUGGCAUGGGCUGGGGGCAGACGUGGGCGUGAAGUAAUUGAUGUACUUCUUCCGGAGGUCGCACGGGUUCUUGCGCCCGGGGGCUUGUUUUACCUCGUGUGUAUCGCCGAGAAUGAGCCGGAGGAGAUCAUUGCACUGGGAGGCGCUCUGGGGCUUCGAGGGGAGAAGGCGAAGCAGGAGCAGCGUGGGAUGGAGGAGCUCUUCAUUCUUCGCUUUCUGAAGGACUAGGAGGGAUGCUGAGUCCGGAUGAUCCCCGGCGAAUCUGGGGAUGUGCUUUUUGGAGUUGGAAGCCUUUGCACCAUUUGAGCCGCUUGCUCAAAACCGAUGCGGGUAGAUGAAGGUUGGUAAGGGA